GUCCCCUAGUAUUAACCUUCCAUGAUUUCAAAACUUGGCUAGUUACUAAAUCUACUAAAAAACAAGGAAAUACAAAGGCCAGGGAUGACAAAAAGUGACUGACAAUUUUUCAACAAUGUUAAUCAAUGGAUGGCCAAUCAGGAAAGAUGCCAAAAUAUUCCUAGCCGCUCUGCUGUUGGUGGUAUUCAUGAAUGAAUAUAUUGUAUACAAAAUACAAAGCUACAGGUGGCCUACAUUUCCAGAUAUUGACAGGGACUUAAACAAAUGCCAAGUGGCCUUGUUGAUAGGAGAUCCACAGCUGCAGGGCUAUCAAGAUGAGUCUUUCUUCCCUUUCGGCAUGAUCACGCGCUGGGAUGUUGACAGAUACCUGUGGAAAACGUUUGCCCAUGCAUUUGACUACAGCCAGCCAGAUGUCAUCAUCUUUCUGGGUGAUUUGUUUGACGAGGGAAGUAAGGCCUUUCCAGAGGAGUAUAAGUCCACUCUCGAUAGAUUUCAAAGCAUCUUUCCACAAACUAGUUACAUGAAGACAAUAUACAUUCCUGGUGAUAACGAUAUAGGUGGUGAAGACUAUGACAUUCCCUUCCAAUGGAAAAGAGACCGCUAUGAAAGGACCUUUGGAAAUGUGUCAGACCUUAUCAAGUUUGGAUUUGUUGAUUAUGCAAAGCUUGACAUUGUAUCAUACCAGCUGUCGGAGAGGAAACUCAAAGAUGCCCAAGAUCUUCAGAAGAAGAUCACAUCUCCGAUCACAGUUAUGCUGAACCACAACCUCAUGUCUGUGAAUGUCAAGCAUUUUGUGUAUCCAAUCACACGAAGAUUGCGACCGAAAUUGAUAUUUUCUGCACAUUUUCAUACGGCAUGGCUUCACUCGUGCACCGACUGUCUCCGUGACGAUGAGUAUAGCUGGGACAUAAGCAAGCAGGAGCUGACCUAUCUGGACUCCUACCUCACCCUGGACAUGACUGCAACCAACUCCAUGUUUGAGAUCACCGUGCCCACUGCCAGCUACAGAAUGGGCACCCCAAAUAUUGGAUACGGUUUGGCAAUAAUAAGUGCAGACAAAACAGUGCAGUUCACAGUGCUAUGGUCUCCCAGACGAUACACGAUGUUGAUAGCAUACCUUAUAGUGCUGGCGCUGGGGUCCCUACUGAUGUGCCUAACACGAUGUUCACGACGUCCCAGAUAGCAAUUACAGAAGGGCGACUGAAUGCCCACAUGCUUAGAUUUAGGUUGUUUGAUCCCAUGAUAUCAAUGCAUUUCUAUUAAUGAUAAUAAAUUAUCUUGUUGAUGGUAAACUUGGAUAAGACUUGAUUUUAUUGUAUGAAGUGAUGGCUUCAUCUUAAAAGUGAAAGUAAAGGUUUCAAUUUACACUUAAACUAUUAUAUGAAGGAUAUUUGUUGAUAAAAGGUAGAGAUACCUGAAUGAAAAAAAUGGUGCUACCGGUAUACUUAAGUUUUUCUAAAUUGUUAUCAUAUUUUUUUAGGAAAAUAUGCAUUUGACUGAAUAUGUAGAUAAUUUUUUAUAAAAGUGUGAAACAACUAUUUGUAUUCUAAAUCUUUAUUAACAAUUUGCAAAAAUCAUUUGUUGUAGUUAAAUUGUCUCUGCAGUUAAUACUUUAAAUUGUAUAUAUUUGAUGUUCAACUGAAAAUAUAUACAUGUAAAGUAUUUGACAUUCCUUAAAUAUGAUGACAUGAGUUAAAUUAUUAAUAUUGUAAUUAAUAGUUCCAGACAGUUUUUGAAGGUAUUAGCCAUAUUGUCUUUGUGUAACCCAAUCUUCUUUAUUUUAUUUUUGGGUGAAAUGUUGGAUUUUUAGAGCUUUUUCCAAUUAAGUAUCGUUUUGACUGAGUAUAUAAUUGUCAUCAAUUCAAUUAUUAUGAUGAUAGUUGAUGGUGUAUAAUUGUAUCUACAUUGUUAUGUUUGAAACUAAUAAUUCCAUAGUAAUCAUCAUUUAAUUUUUUUAUUAAUUAUCGUACAAUUAAAAUGAAUGGUAGAAUAUGUUUUAUUAUGCAGUUUGAAAAGGUCAAUGCCAGAAAUAACAAGUUAAAUAUUUGUUGUUGAUUCCUUGAAAUUAUUUAUAUUGAUAAAAUCAUUAAUCAACAUUCAAUUCAGGAAAGAAAAUUGCAUUUUAUGAUGUACAAGCAGUAUGUGUAUUUUUACCCAGUUAGCUGACCACUGCUUUACAGGUUAAUAUGGGACAACACUUUCACCUAGACUGUAUUGACAACACUUUUACCUAGACUGUAUUGACAACACUUUCACCUAGACUGGAUUUUUUUUAGAAGGAACUUCCUUUAAAAAAUAAACUGAACCAUAGUGAAAACUGUUUGCCUUGACUACAGUGUGCGGACUGCAGAGGCUAAUAUGUUAAGAUACUAACGCACAAGAGUUACUGCAAGGUUUGCCCAAGAGGGCUUCUUGUAUUGUUUUGCUCACAUAGGCCUGUUAGAGGUCUGCAUUAAUAUUUGUUGUUCUUUCUACAUUCCCGUAUGUUUAAAUUGUCAUUAGUUCAUAUUUGUCCUUUCUGUGAAAUGUUAUGUGAAAUAUUCACUGGAUUGUAGAUUGAUAUUGCAUACAAUCUUGUGUCUACAGACUCGGGGAAUGCAUUCAUUGCAACGAUGCUGUCUGGUAAUAAAUUGCUGUGGAUCAGCAUUAUUAAAGUUGGCGCAAUCAUUGUGUUCAAUAAAAUCCUUAUAUAGAGUUGAUUAGCUCUUUCAAUGAAAAUCUCAGAUUUACUGAGGGUUAUUAUUUAUUUUCAAUCUCAACAAGAUGUAAAGUACUUGCUUCCUAUAAUUAAUAAUCAUUGUGUAUUCCUUCCUUUUUUAUGGUGGGUGACGCUUGUGUGUGUGUUUUUUUUUACAUUGAUCGCUUUUCAGAGUUGUUAUUUUAGUACAUAUCAAUUUUGUAUUUUAGUAAAAGUUUGAGAGAACAAUUUUCACCAUGAAUAUUAACUUUGUGAGCAUCACAUGUAUUUAAUCCCAUCAAAGAGGCAAAUGUAUGUUUUUAAACAAGAUUUGUCAUUUGGUGAUUUAUAUUUCAUGAUCUUUUAAUGCUUAUUUGUACGUUGUAGAAUUCUCAUAUUUUGUGUACGCAGUUGUCGGUAUAUUUUCUUCACAACCUUAUAAUCAUUUAUCGAUGUAAACAAUAUGAGCCUUGUUCUGAGAAAACUGGGCUUAAUGCAUGUGCGUAAAGUGGCAUACCAGAUUAGCCUGUGCACAGGCUAAUCAGGGACAACACUUUCCGCCUAAACUUAAUCAGUAAGGAGGGACUUCCUUGAAACUAAAAAUACCAUAAAAGCGGAAAGUGUCGGCCCUGAUUAGCCUGUGCGGACUGUACAGGCUAAUCAGGGACGACAUUUUCCACCUAAACGUGAUUUUCGAUAAGGAGGGACUUCCUUGAACUAAAAAAUACCAUAAAACCUAAAAGUGUCGUCCCUGAUUAGCCUGUGCAGACUGCACAGGCUGAUCUUCUGGAGACACUUUACGCACAUGCAUUAUGCCCGUUUUUCUCAGAACGAGACUUAUUUAAUUUACAGGUGUGUUUUUGCUUAACCAAGCACAACCUGCUGUUGUUAGGCGGGUGAUCGCCUUUUGUCCGUCGUUCUUCCUGCAUGAUUAACCUUUACACUGUUAAUGCUGUAGAGUCUUUAUUGAUUGUACUAUCUUCAUGGAACUUGCUGAGAACAUUUGUUGCUAAUUAUAUCUCAGUGGAGUAAGAAAAUAUUGCCACCUGGGAGCGAGGAAGUUUUCCACAAAAGGUUAUAGUUCAACCUUGUAAACACUCUAGAAAUCCAAUUUCGUCCAAAUAGCCAAGAAACUUGCUCAGGAACAUUUUUUUCUAUUGAAUGAUAAACAUGCUGAAUUAGAAAAUGGUUAUCUUCGCUGAAUUAGAAAAUGGUUCUUAUUGUUUGAAAACAUAGCUGCCUGGGGCCCAUCCGAUUUCCUAUUAUGGUUAUAAUUCAAUCAAGUUAACACGCUCUUAGUCACACUGUUUGCCCAAUCUUUAUGAAAUUUGCUCAGAACAUUGGUUCUCAUUUUAUCUCUGCCUAGUUUGAACAUCGGGCAGUUUUCCAUACAGGGCUAUAGUAAACAUUUUAAUGCUACAAAAGUAAUAUUUUCUGUGGAAUCUCCAUACAACUUGCUCCAAAUUGUUGUUCAAAUAAAAGUUUAUAGGUCAAAACAGUCCUGAACAUAACUAAGAUUGUGAAGGUGGCAGAAGCCAAAAGCAUUCAGAGAUGGAUUGGCGCACAUACAAAUAAUGCCCCUAGUUGGAAGGUCAAGGUCGCAAGUGAAGGUCAAAGAUAAACUAAAUAUUCAGCUGAUACUUUCACAAAUUUUCGCAUAAAAAUAGAGUAUGUCGGUUUGUAUCUUUGUGACAAUAGCGCUUUUGUUACUUUUUAAAUAAAAAUACGCGCUAAUAUGUGUAUACAGUAUUUGACGGCAUUUUCUACUUGAUAGUACCCAGUUGUCUUCAGCAUCAAAUGUUUUUUCCCGCUUCUUGUAUAAGAAUAGUAAUGUUCCUAUGUGGAAUGUACACUUUACGAAUACCGUACUAUACUGUUACAUUGACCAUGUAUGUAAAUGUGUAUAUGAAAGUUAAAGAAUUCCAUACUUUUGUGUA